UUUUUAACAUUCAAAUGGUUAUAUGAACCCAAACCAAAAUCAUAAAGAUCUGAACUAGACCUGAACCAAAAUUUAAAAAUACAUGAAUAGAGCUGAAAUUUUCUCUAAAAUCUGAAACUCAAAUAGAUCCGAAUUGAAUCCGAAUAGAUAUCCGAACGCCACCCAGCGUAUCCUAAGAUAUAUCUCUUGGGACUAAAGGCUUCCUUAUUGAGCUAUUUGGCCCAUAUCCAUUGUACUAUUAGAGUUGACUGGAUUUGGGCUUUAAAUUUUUAAUUCAUUUAAAGCCGAGUUUACUAUUCUUAAAAAUCUUAGUGAUAUCGCCGGCCGGUAUUAUAUAAAUACACUUGUUUAACACUGAGCAUAUUGUCUUAACACACGUGGUACAUGCGACCCACGUGGAAACCAUCUAACCAUAGUAAAACAAUUGUAAGUACCAUUAAAUUUGUUUUAAUACUUCAAGAUUCAUGCAAUGGUCGGUUAUUCCGACACGUAAAUGAAAAUAGUGGUAUCAUUUAGCCUUCGAUGUGAGCCAGGAGACAACCAAAUCAAUCCCAUCUUUACACAUAUUAAACAUUCGAGUAUCGUCUCUCAUUUUAAUAUACUUUAUUACACUAUACUUGAAUAUCUGCCGAUGGACUGAGUACCUUUUUAUUACCAAUCAUUCGACCAUUAUAAUUUUUACUCUUAUCAAUAUUAAGAAAACUAUACGUACAUCACCACAAGUUUCGAAUACAACAACAAAUCUUCAUAAAUUAAUAAUCCAAAAGUAAAAUUCAAAAUCUUCCGGUUUGAUUCCAUCUAUGCAGGAACAAGUCUACUUAACUAGUUUUUUUCAGAAAUCUAUUUACAACCAAACUCAAUUUAACGAUAUGAGAUGAAAAUAUCUGGUAUUAAUAAAUAAAAUAUCAGAACUAACCUCCAUCUGUACCUUAGAGGAACAUUGAGCUUAGAACAUGUUGUAGUUCAUUAUAACAAAAUCUAAAGAGAUUUUUUUGGGGAUGACAUGGCAAUAACCUUUGGAAGUUAUCGAACUAGCGUUUCGGAAAAUGCCGAACAAAACGGCGCCUGAUUAGGUCGUUUUCAGAUCCGAUUUCCUCUUCUUCCACACGCCUCGUCUCAAUCGGUCAAACAACACAUAGAGAGAUCCGGACCACCCGGUCCAUACCAUUUCUCUUACCGACGAGCUCAUCUAAUUCUCCACGUGUCAAAACUUCCACGGUGUAAAUUUCUCGUGACGUCAUCAAUACCGACACGUCAACACUAACUGUUUUCUUUCCAUCCCGUUAACAAGCUUAUCUUCGGUAUAUAAAUAGUACCAGUAAGCUCUGUUUCACAUGUCUUUCACAGUUCACAAUAAAUUUCACAUUUCGAAUUUCGAAUCUUUCUUCCCCAAAUCUCUUCUUUUUUUUCGUUUUAUAUAUAUAGAGGAUGAGUAUGAGAGGAGAAGCUGAAGCUUGGCCGGAGAUGGAGGCGAUAGCUAGGAAGAUGGUGGAGGAAGUUGACACAGAGAGCAGCGGAUCGUCCGAAGCUGAGACUGAGUCUCCAAGAUCCGUUGGACGCUGGACUGCUAAGGAGAGAGUGCAUAGCCAGGUUUUAAAGAUCAGAGAGGAGGAUCUUUGCGUUCUCGAGAAUCGUCGAUAUCUUCAUCGUCCACAUGGUCUCGGUUUCUUCUUGAUCUCGAGGCCGAACUUGCCGUGUUCGCCUCUCAGUGGCAAAGUGAAAUCCCUUAACGCGAUUCAUUGAUAUGACUCUCCCAUCGAUCAAAGGUGUUCUGUCCUAAUGCGUUUUCUUUUUAAUUUCUCUGUUUUUUCUUUCUUGUUAGUUGUGUUACUGGAAGAACUCUUUAGAGAGAGAGCCUUUCUCUUGUCAUAAUGUCAUGUGUAUAUAAACCGUGAAUGUAUAUAUGAGUUCAUGAAACUUUAUGCUAGACUUUUGUUUACAUAUUUUUCUCUAUACGCCUGUAAUUAUCAA